AUGGCCACCGGCGAGUGGGCAGAGGACGACAACAGAGUCGACGUCUACGCACUAUUCAUUCUGGAAGAUGAUAUUCCAAAAUCUAUAAUCGACGAAGUCCUAACAAAAAACGCUGAUGCAUUGCACCAGUGCUUCUUCCUGUGGCUAGCCGACAGCUAUCAGAAUCUGCCCGCCAUUACUGAGGAGAGAACUAUGGCGACAAAGCCUCCAAUUGAUCCUGGAUGGACCUCGCCAUUCUUGGGCAAGACAUUGGAAGAGGCGGCGGAGUUUGUCAAGAACGCUCCGAAGCCGCUGUGUCAGGUUUUUUUUCGCGGUUUUGGAGAGAGAACAUUAUGA